GAGACAGGUGUACCACAAGACUCGUCUUAGCAACAUGAAGGCCGCUAUCUUUCUGCUCUGCCUCCUAGGUCUGGCCAUCGCCAGACCAGACACGAUCCUGGACUUCGAGGGCGAAGACCAUGAGCACGAGCAGGAGGGCGAUGCUGGAGACGAAGUGGAAGGAACCUACAGCUGGACGUCUCCCGAAGGAGAGGAAUUCUACGUCAAGUACGUCGCUGACGAAGACGGCUACAGAAUCGUCGAGUCCAACGCCGUUCCCGUCAGCCACGACGGAGUCGCUGCUGACGGUAACCAGGGCUCCUUCACUUCUGACGAAGAAGAAGCAGAAAAAUAGCGACCUUCAGGAAGUGCCAGCGAUCAUUUGUGGUCCUUUUGUAAAUACAAGUCUUGACGAAGUACUAUUCGAAAUCGUGUCGACAUAUUUAUUGUAAAUUAUGUGAUUAAUAAAACCUUAUUUGCAUGAA